UACUUCUAGAACAACCAACGUAGUAGUAGUGCCGAUCUCAUCUUCAAAGACGGCGAUUAUGCGAUCGAAGGUAGUGGAUACAAUGGCGAGGUGACCCAUGACCUUGAAUCGAGUGGGUCUGGCUUCGGGCCGGAUGACGAAGAUGAUCCUGAUAAUGACAAGUUCCAAACACCAAACGUAGUCAACCCUGUAUUUGAUGCUGCACCACCAGGUAGGAAUCUACCUCCAGAUGAAGUAGACAUCGAUAACAAGGACGUGAACAAGGAAGAAGAUAAUAUUCCGGAUACCACCACAGACACCAGUGUCAGGAUGAAUCCGAAAUCUGACGAUCGCCCAACUUCAUUCUUCGCUCAGCCCGGUAUUUUGGCAGCUGUCAUUGGAGGUGCUGUGGUGGGGCUACUAUGCGCAAUACUGGUGGUGAUGUUCAUCGUAUAUCGGAUGCGUAAAAAAGAUGAAGGUUCAUACGCCCUCGGCGAACCGAAGCAGUCUCCGAACUCGAAUUCCUACAGUAGAGCAACAACAAACAAAGAGUUUUACGCCUGA